AUGAGCAUCACCACUUGUAUCGUCGGGGAUUCUAUAUGCGGUUCUUUGGGAGAUUCGAAGCUUUUGAGCUCGGAGGAUGUCGUGUUUCUUCGGGGCUACAGUACUUACGAAGGCGAUCGGCCAAGUGAGGCUGCGGCUGCACAGGAAGGAGGCGGUGAAAUCAUUGCUGCCAUUAAUGGUCUGAUCGAAGUGACGGAUCGUGUGGUUUCGGUCAAAGGAAUGUCUACACGCUAUCAUCCCGAAAUAGGAGAUAUUGUUAUUGGUCGAGUAAAAGAAAUCAGCGGUAACCGAUGGCGCAUCGAUAUUUGUGCCUAUCAAGAGGCCGUGAUGUUGCUUUCGAACGCAACUGAACCUGGUGGCAUCCUGAGGAGAAGAGGAAGAAGUGAUGAACUCACAAUGAGAAAUAUAUUUGAUCAAGAUGAACUGGUUGUUGCUGAGGUGCAGCGUAUUUCUCCCGAGGGCGUAGUUUCGCUUCAUACUCGAUCCGGUGAUAAAUAUGGAAGACUUACUGGAUUCGGCGUUCUCGUAUUAGUAUCUCCUGCCCUGGUAAAGCGUGUCAAACAUCAUUUUUUGGUUGUUGAUGUUUUGCCGGUGAGUAUUCUUCUUGGCACCAAUGGUAUGAUUUGGGUGGCUCCAGAGAUGGAAAAAAGAGAGGGCACAGAAAGUGCUUCUUGCUUUAGUGAGCAAACAGACGUUGAUGUGAGGCGCAGUGUCGCACGUGUGGCGAACUGCAUUAAAGUAAUGAACUGUGCCCGACUUCCCAUCUUUGCAAAAACCAUUGAUGCUUGUGUGAAGGCUUCCAUUGAUGUGGGACUUGGACCGUUCGAGGUUUUACAUAAUUCAAAUUACGAUUUAAUAACAACUGCCGUGAUGGAAGCUAUAACGGCACGUAAACGCCAGAGGCAAUAA